AUGAAGUACAUAUUGAAGCCAAACGAGAGACAGUCUCAUGCGUCACCUGGACUGGCCAGUUCUCGGAUAGCAGAUUGCUUCGUGACAGAGGAAAGGAGUGUACCCAACAUUGGCCUCAUCCCCCGAAACAUAUUCAUGAUAAGGCGAUCUCGUGAGUUCAAAAGGAGCUUUGCAGUGGCUGGUGGCGCAGGUAUUCGAGCCCUGAAUGUGGACAUGUUUCCUCCGAGCCGGUUCCUCCGCGCGAGCUUCGCGGUUAUGCGAACUGUUCCUAAACAAUGGGGCUCGGCGCAGGUCACUCUGGAAUACCCUAAGCUUGCACAUCUUGGCGGGUUAUCCGCCAAACGGGGCCUAGAUGGGAAGUUCUAUUACUUCAAUCUCUUGCAUUACUUCGCACAAAAGGGGGAAGAGUUUUCACCGGAUCAGGAAUUCUUCAUCACCUCAAAGCAUGUCUUUCAAGCAUCAGACCCCUGGAUCGCCAGGGAGUCUAUCUGGUACACGGAGAAUGGUCCAAAAGAAUCGUGGCAUGCGGUUGACGGGGAUGAAAAUGCAGGCGCAGCAGAACUGGGUGUUAUCGAGUACGACAUGAACGCUCUUAAAGGAAAGAUCGGAACAGAACAGCUACCUGGCUGUAAGAGGAAAGGCGAGAAGGUAUACGAGAUCACUCUGCGAGUUGGGAUAGAGAUGCUGGAGGACUAUCGCCAUACCCUCCGCGUUCAGGCCAGGUGGGCACCGGAGCUUAACGACGACGACAACGACUCUUCAGAGAGACUCGAAGGUGACGACGUCAUGAACAUUCAUGGGCAGGACUUCAACAUCUCGGCGGCGUUCGAGUUGUCGGCUAUCUGA